GGAGUUUGGACACCAGUCACGGACGCUCCAUUGGCGCUGCAGUUGAGUUCCUCCAUCAUUGUGUUGGAGUUCGAGGAGGAAAUUUUCAUCGUCCAGUCAUCUUUUUUUUCUAAACCACUUUUAAUGUUAAACCGAAAUCAAUACGUCCAUAAAGUCUACUGAAAUCGUAAUGUUAAUGAAUUGAAUAAUUGUUAAAUAAGUGAAAGUGACACGAUGGCAGCGAGCGAAGUGGAUAAUUUGCGUGCUGAAGUCGAGCGACUGGGGCGCGAUUUGGAGAUCGCCAGCAGCGAGAAGAUCCAGUCUGCCCAAUACGGACUGGUGCUGCUGGAGGAGAAGGCGCACCUGCAGCAGAAAUGCGAGGAGCUGGAGACGCUCUACGAGAACACAAAGCAUGACUUAGACAUAACUCUGGAGGCUCUGGCCAAGUUCCAGACCUCGCAGAAGGUGACAACGAAGACGGGAAUUGAACAGGAAGAGUCCUUGCUCACGGAAACGGCCGCAAUGGAGACGUCGCUCAAUCUGCACAUCCUAGAAUUGGAGAACGAAGUGAAACAGCUUCGACACGAGCUAGAGCGCGUCGCCAACGAGCGCGAUCGGAUGCUGCAGGAGAACUCUGACAUGGGGCGCGACAAGUCCGACACGGAGGCGGAGAAGAUGAAGCUGAAGGCGGAGCUGAAGGAUCUGAAGUUCCGCGAGACGCGCAUGCUGUCGGACUAUUCGGAGCUGGAGGAGGAAAACAUCUCUCUGCAGAAGCAAGUGUCGAGUCUGCGGAGCUCGCAAGUGGAGUUCGAGGGCGCGAAGCACGAGAUCCGGCGGCUGACGGAGGAGAUUGAGUUGCUCAAUUCGCAAGUGGAGGAGCUGGCGAACCUCAAGAAGAUCGCCGAGAAGCAAAUGGAGGAGGCGCUGGAGGCGUUGCAGGGCGAGCGCGAAGCCAAGUAUGCGCUGAAGAAGGAACUGGACGCACAUAUCAACCGCGAGAGCAUAUACAACAUCAGCAACCUGGCGUACAACAUCCGCGGCAUGGACGGCGAUAACAUGAACAGUGACGGGGACGAGGAUCUGCCGGCACUGAAGCGCAUCGAGGCGGAUUUGUCGAGUGAGCUGAAGUCGCCGGACGGCACAAAGGUGGAUCUGUUCUCGGAGAUCCACCUGAACGAGCUGAAGAAGCUGGAGAAGCAGCUGGAAGUGUUGGAAACGGAGAAGAAGUGCCUCACGGCGAAUCUGCGCGAGUCACAGCAGAACUUGGACAAGAGUCAGAGCGACUUGCAGGCGUUCAUGUCGCGUGUGAGCGUGCUGAGCGCCCACGUGGAGGCGCUGCAACAGUUGAAGCGGCAAAUUGACUCUGAGGACAUGGCCAAGAAGACGCCAAAGGAGGAUCUGGUGGGUGAGAAGCUGAAGGCGCUCGUGGCGCAGUACACGGGCUGGUUCCUGCUCAGCGGCAAGGAGAUUGACAGCCUCAAGGCGGACCUCAUUGAGCUGCAGAAGAAUCUCAAUUGUCCAGACGCGAUGGUGCUGCUGCGGAAUGAGAUCACGAAUCUGAAGAACCGCCUGCUGACCACGGAGCAGCGAUCGCUGGAUCUGCAGAGCGACGUGGAGAUCCUCACGGCCAUCUCGCAGAACGCUGGCCAGAGUCUGGGCUCGGCGCGCAACACUCUCGUGGCGCUCAGCGAUGAUCUUGCUCAACUGUACCAUCUAGUCUGCACGGUGAACGCGGAGACGCCCAACCGUGUGCUGCUGGACCACAAGAGUGACGACCUGGGCAGCGACUCGCUGUCCGCCAUCCAGGCACAAUUCAAGUCCGACACGCUCACCGGCAAGCCGCAGACGAUGGAGGAUCUGCAGGCGCUGUCGGACGCCGUGGAGAUCCGCAAGUACGUGGACACGCUGGCGGACCAGAUCAAGUAUCUGAAGGCGUCCGUGGAGAAGACCAUCGACAUGAAGCAGGGCACAAGACGCACGGCGAGCGCGGGUGAGGACAAGGAGAACCGCGAGGAGAUCGCGGAUCUGCAGGAGCAAAUCAUCAAACUGAAGAGUCUCCUGUCCGCCAAGCGCGAACAAAUCGCCACGCUGCGAACGGUAUUAAAGUCCAAUAAGAAUACGGCCGAGGUCGCGCUGACCAAUCUCAAGUCCAAGUACGAGAACGAGAAGCUGGUCGUCAGCGAGACAAUGUCCAAGCUGAGGAAUGAGCUGAGACUGCUCAAGGAAGACGCCGCGACAUUCUCAAGCUUACGGGCGAUGUUCGCUGCGCGGUGCGAGGAGUACGUGACGCAAGUGGACGAUCUGCAUCAUCAGCUGGUGGCGGCUGAGGAGGAGAAGAAGACGCUCAACCAGCUGCUCAGGCUGGCUGUGCAGCAGAAGCUCACACUCACGCAGCGCCUGGAGGAGAUCGAGAUGGACAGGGAAAUGCGCCAUGCCAGACGCCCAAUGCAGCCGGCGCGCGGCGGCUCGAAGUCGUCCUUUUCGCGAACGCCCAUAAGAAGCAGCAACAGCAACAAUUCCAACCCCAACAACUUUUUCUAACACGAACUCUCGAUGCAUCGCAAGAUUCUAGCUUUAGUUUCCACACUGCUGAAGAUGUAGGUCUUUCCUUUUGCCUACAUUUCUUUUGGGCAUCUUCAGAAAGAGGAGAAAUUAUUGAAUAUCAAGAUGAGUUUCUUAUGGACAGAGAGAGAGCGAAAGAUAGAAAGAAAGAGAACGUCGUAGACCAAAUAUUGCGAUGAAUGGCAAAAGUUGGGGAAUUGCAAACGGGGAACAAUAGUAUUAAAAGGAAGAAAAGUGUCUAUAAAAUUUGGUUGAUAACAUUCGAAUGGGAAGCGGGGAAAGAAAGUCUCUCGAUGUGCGCAAAAGGUAGAAAAGUGAUUAAUUUUGUCUAACAUAUUUGAAUAACUUAUGUUUACUGCGGAUCGCUUCUGCAAUAUUCCUCCAAUUAUUGCCUAUAUUAAUCGAUAUUUUUUAUAUUAUAUAUAUAUAUUUUAUUUAUUCAACACAAGAUGAAGUAAUUGUUAUAUUCAAUUUAUUUACAUUUAGAAUUGUCUAACCAAUUUAUAUUUAAUUGCAAUAUAAAAUUAAAACUCACGCAAUGGAAGAAAGUUGUCCUUAGAGAAGAAAAACAUUUGUAUACUUACUGAAAAAUUGAUUGGAGAAUGAAAGAAAACAAAUUGUGCAAAGUCGUGCCCUUUAGAAGCGAAUGCGCGAAAGAAUUUAGACAGAAAAUGCGUCCAAAAUGUCCUUCCCGAAGGCAUUUUCCCUGGAAAUGUUCCGUUUUGUUCUGGAUUUGUUGAAAGAAAAAAAAAUUGAAUGGAAAUUGUUAGUCUCUCACAAAAUUUCUCAAAUACCGAGCCAUAAUGUAAUUUUGAUGGAAAAAAAUUGACGAAAAGAAGUUGAAGAAGAGCAGAAAAUUGGAUUUUUUGACAUCACCGUCCCUUAAAUGAAUGUUUAAAAAAAAGAAGCAGAAAAAGAAAGUGAGAAUCAAUGAAAAAAUAACGAAAAUAUAUUUUGCAAUGAAUAUUGUGAAUUGAUAAAGAGCCACAGAAAAAUCACUUCCAAUGAAAGUAAUAAUUGUUAUUGAAAGCAAAAUGAUGACGAAGAAAGAAGUGUUGAAUUUGUAAUCCUUUUGCAAACAAUUCAGUGUUAAAUGUGUUGAUUUUCCAGCUUAGAGAAGUUUUCGGUAUUCUUUUUCCUUUCGGUCGCGAUAAAGCAAAGUUGAGGGCAAAGUGAAGGGAGAAAAACGUGAAAAAAGUUGUAAAAAGUAAUAAUAGAUUAGUGGAGAAGAUCUUAAUUUUGCAUUUUCUACUCUUUUCUAUCAUACUUAAACAAACUAGUUGCUCUGCAUGAAAUUACUGUAGCUUAAAUGGAAGAUAAACAAGCGUAGAGAUUAAAAAGAAAGGAAUGCAAGAGUGAGGAAAAUGUAGUUUAGGAGCAAAGCAAAUUAUCUCUAGUGAACAUCUUUAUUUCCACACGUAAAUUCUCUUUGAGUUUCUCCAAAACAAAGUUUAAAUAAAUGAGAAAAGACAAGUUUGCAAAGAGUAAAAAAAUCCAUCGAUGGAUUCACGUAAUUUUUUAUACGAAGAAGAAAAAAAAAUAACAAAUCGUCCCUAUUUUCGAUCCCUUUUUCCUCCAAUAAACUUCACUCAUUUGUGAGGAAACGUUUUUCGAAUAGAGAUUAAAUGAAUUUGGAAUAAAUGAAUAAAUACUUGAACUCAGAAUAAGGAAAAAUAGCAGAGGAACUCUAUAUUGAAUAUUAAACCACAAGGAUUAUGUAAAAAAAAAUAAACCAGGAGAUGUGAAGUGGCGAUUAAACACUUAAAAUGUUGUUAUAA